GCGUUGCUCAAUCCGCUGGCGAGAAAGCGGGGCCGGCAGGAGUAGGAGGGGUCUGUGCAGCUGGAGGCGGGGCGGACUCAGUGGACCCGCGGGCCACCUGGGUCCUAGCAUAGUUGGAGGUGGUCUGAGGCUUUCGGUUCCUUCAGUUCCCGUAGCUCUGGCGGAGUCUGCGCGAUGGGUGACCCGGAAAGGCCGGAAGCGGCCAGGCCCGAGCUGGAUGAGAGAUUAUCUUCAGAUACCAACAAAAAUGAAGUGAAGUCAGAUGAAGAGCCACUCCUACGAAAGAGUUCUCGCCGAUUUGUCAUCUUCCCAAUCCAAUACCCUGAUAUUUGGAAAAUGUAUAAAAAGGCACAGGCAUCCUUCUGGACGGCCGAAGAGGUUGACUUAUCAAAGGAUCUCCCUCACUGGAACAAGCUUAAAUCGGAUGAGAAGUAUUUUAUCUCUCACAUAUUAGCCUUUUUUGCAGCCAGUGAUGGAAUUGUGAAUGAAAAUUUGGUGGAGCGCUUUAGUCAGGAGGUACAGGUUCCAGAGGCUCGCUGUUUCUAUGGCUUUCAAAUUCUCAUCGAGAAUGUUCACUCAGAGAUGUACAGUUUGCUAAUAGACACUUACAUCAGAGAUCCCAAGAAAAGGGAAUUUUUAUUUAAUGCGAUUGAAACAAUGCCAUAUGUUAAGAAAAAAGCAGACUGGGCCUUACGAUGGAUAGAAGAUAGAAAAUCUACUUUUGGGGAAAGAGUGGUGGCUUUUGCUGCUGUAGAAGGGAUUUUCUUCUCGGGAUCUUUUGCUGCUAUAUUCUGGCUAAAGAAAAGAGGUCUCAUGCCCGGACUCACGUUUUCCAAUGAACUCAUCAGCAGAGAUGAAGGGCUUCACUGUGACUUUGCUUGCCUGAUGUUUCAAUACUUAGUAAAUAAGCCUUCAGAAGAAAGGGUCAGGGAGAUCAUUGUUAAUGCUGUUGAAAUUGAGCAGGAGUUUUUAACAGAAGCCUUGCCAGUUGGCCUCAUUGGAAUGAAUUGUGUUUUGAUGAAACAGUAUAUUGAGUUUGUAGCUGACAGAUUACUUGUGGAACUUGGAUUCUCAAAGGUUUUUCAGGCAGAAAAUCCCUUUGAUUUUAUGGAGAACAUUUCUUUAGAAGGGAAAACAAAUUUCUUUGAGAAACGAGUUGCAGAGUAUCAACGUUUUGCAGUCAUGGCAGAAACUACAGAUAAUGUCUUCACCUUGGAUGCAGAUUUUUAAAACCCUUCCCAUAUAUAAACCUACCACUGGUAAAUAGCAGUCCGUUUUUCUUUGCUUUAAAAAAAAACAAAAACAAAAAACCAAAACUUAAAGUACCUCUUUUAGGGAAUAGAAGUUUGCUCAAGAGGAAAUCUAAAACCAAAUUUCAUUCAAGUUGGAUUUAUAUAAAUACACUCUAAUUUUCCUGUUUAACAACCAGCGUGUGACUUAAAUGCUUUUGUCACUAAAAUAUAAGAUGGUAUUAUGUAGCGGUUAAGAGCAUGAGGUGAGGGGUCAGAUAUGAUUCGACAUUCUACCCUUACUACUUGUGUGAUUCUUGGCAAGUCGGUUAAUCUCUCUAAAUCUCAGUGUGCGUAUCUUUAAAAUGAAUGUAAUAGUAGGUCCUAAAUUUAUUGCGUGGAUAUGAGGAUUAAGCCACAAAAUAAAUGCUUAGCCAAUAUUAGCACCACCACUACUAUUACUACUUACUAAUAGUGUUAAUUAUGGUGGUGAUGUGAUAAAAUGCUCCCCUGUCCUCCAAGUAAUUGUGAUUCUAGGUCUUAAGAUCUAGAUUAAAUCUUUGUAUUUUUAAUGUUUGAGGGAGAAUAUAAAGAUUUCAUUUAAAAGAUUAUAAUUCUCAUUAACUUGAGAAUAACUUCUUUGAAUUCCUCAGCAUGUGGUAAAGGAAAUUUAGUUCUUAGUUGCUUUGGGCAGGAUACUUAUGAAGUGGAAUUCAGGAAGUUAUCCUGGUAGUUGACCUUGUAAGUAAAAUUAUUCUCCUCCUUUGGAAGUCAAAAUGGCCACUAUUGCCAGACAUAGUCCUGAAAUGUUUAAAGCCCAGGUGAAUUAGCUAGAAUACCAUUUCCCAAAGAGUAUUCUAAGAGCUGUUAGCCCCUCUAGAUAUUUUGUGGGGGAAGAAAGGGAUUCUGUGGUCAGAUGAAUCUGGGAAAUGUUUAUCCUCCCUUCCUCUUUAGAACAUAUGGUCAGUACAUCAACGACAGAAAAAUUCUGCAGUACAUAAGCUUAUUCCCCCCUGCAUAUCCCAGGCUUACUUAAUACGAAUCUGUUUUUCACCUGUUAACAUCUUACCUACCUGGUAUUCCUCAGAACAUAGUUUGGAAAAAGUUGGCCUAGAACUAUGGCCUUCAGAGGAAGGAGUUGGGGACUGAGUUAAGGAGACCUGGUGGGAAUUACUGAACCGUUCAUGUUUGUGCCAGGCUGAGUAAUGUACCUGAGACUGACCUCAGCUGUGCUUCUUUAAUACUCUUGAAACUCUUUUAUGCUGUUACAAGGUAUAGUCCAAAUAAUGGAACUUUAUUGCCUCCAGAACAGUAGCAGAUAGACACAGGUCUCUGCAGAGGAGCCUGAGUGAGGAGAGGCCAGGAACCCCUCGUAAUCGUUAAGAAGAGUCAAGAGGUAGCCUGAGCCCCCAAAACAGUGUGGUUCUCCACUUCCAGCACAUUUUUAUAAAAUUCUGCAACCUAGAAUUUAGAGAUUUUCACUGUGCAUAAAUGUUUGCUCCAUUCAUUUGGCAAUUAUCUAAUUGACUUUAUAAAACUGGGAGUUCUCGAGUGGGUGCAAGAGGAGCAGGUCAUAGCUUUGUUAGGGAGAAGGUCCAAAACUUGAUAUAUUUCCAACCUAUGACAAUGACAUUUAUUUGUUCAGUUUGUUCUGUGCUGCAGAGUUGGCCAGCUGUUUUUAUAUUUUAUAUCCCCUCGGGUGAUCCCACAACAGCCUUUGGAGCUUGAAGAGCCGCUGGUAUUGACAUUUUACUGAUGGGGGAGAGUGAGGCUCAGAGAAGUUAAAUGACUUGGCCAAGAUCUGCUCAUAGCACUGUCCCUACAGGAGAAUUCUUUUUUCUUAGAGAUUAUCAUCUUUCUUGUAUUUAGUCCUUUACAUCCAUCUUGAUGUGAUUUUGUCUUUCCUCAUUCAAGUAUCAUGUACUUUAAUCAAGGUGUUAUAUAAAUUAUUUAACUAUAUUCAGGUAGUAUGUUCAAAGAUGUGUCUACUACUAUACAAAAACUGAACAUUUAAAAUUGACAAUAUCUGCAAUGAUAUCAGAAUGAAAGAAAAAAGUUUUCAGUGCAUAUUCCCAUUGUUUUGAAUCCACAUCUUUCUCAUAGGUAAUGGCAGGUGCCUUAAUAUGAAGCUUAUUUAUAGUAGCAAUAAACCUAACUGCAUUGAGAUGAAGAAGUUUUAUUACUGAAAUACUGGAUUUUUAAUACACUGGUUUAUUACACUCGGUGUUCUAGAUCCUUUUCCAGAACUCCAGGUUGCAUAUUUAUUUAUUAUGUUUAGUAUUUUGGUUCUUAGCUCUUAAGGAAUGAAGCAAUUAUGGAAUCUCUUUUUAACUUGCAGGUAAAGAAAAAAUUCAGAGUAUGUUCACAACUUUUUUUUAAACAGCACAUGUAUUUAGAUCAUUGUUACAGUAAUUAAGUUCAUUAUUUAGGAAUGUAAAAACUCGUAGUUCAUGACAGAUUGCACUUAUUAAACAUAUUUCAUUGUAGUAUGUAGAAUCAUGAUUUGGAAAGACUUGGGAAGACAGACCCAGUGCUUUCAGACAAGGCUGUUUUGUUGUUCAAUUACAUACAAUAAUAAACAAUUACUUUUACAUACAAGCUUACUCGAGUCCUGUCUUAGUUAACGCUCAUUUUGGAACAUCAAAUUUUUCUGCUGCUUUUGCCAUUUUAUUUUUUAUUCAUAAAAAAGUGAUUACAGUUGACCCUUGAACAACACGGAGUUAGGGACACCAACCCCCUGUGCAGAUGAAAAUCUACAUGUAGCCUUUGACUCCCCCAAAACUUAGCUACUAAUAGCCUACUGUUGACCAGAAGCCUUACCAAUAACACAGUUGACAAACACAUAUUUUGUGUGUUAUAUGUAUUAUAUACUGUAUUUUACAAUAAAGUAAGCUAGAGAAAAGAAAAUGUUAUUAAGAAAGUCAUAAGGAAGAGAAAAUACAUUUACAGUCCUGUCCUCUAUUUAUUGAAAAAAAUCUGCAUUUAAGUGGACUCAUGCAGGUCAAACCCGUGUUGUUCAAGGGCCAACUGUAUGGAGAAAACAGCAGUUUGCAUAUUAAAAAAAAUACAUUAUUUGAUAUUCAGAAUUUUGCAUUUGACAUUUAAAUAUGCUAACAGUGUCAUGGAAUCCCCAGAUUGCAUUUGUACAGAUUAAGCUAAGGGCUAAAUGUCACUAACUGAUUUUCAGUGAUAGAGAAAUCUGCUCAUGGGCUGCAUGAAAGCCAGCUUAGUCCUAUCAUCAGGUAUUAUGUUUUUCAACUAAAUUGAGUGAUUUGGCAGCCAACUCAGGAACUCUUCCUCGGUAUAAUCUGUAUGAGUGGCACAGAAGGGAAAUCUGUAUAUCUUUGUUUUUCCCACCGUUUAAGUAAUCUCCUUUUUAGACAAUUACAAAUUUGCAGGAAAACUUGAUAUUCCUAGGGCCUUAGGAAGAAAGGAUUUAAGCCUUCAAAUUUGGGGCUUAAUUCUGUUAAGGAAAAUAUAGGUGAAAAUGGAAGGAUAGAGAAUGGCUGUUUUGUUUGUUUGAUUUUUUUUGUACAGAGAAAAAUGUAACAAUUCAGGCUUUCUAAGGUCACAAGAUUGUUAACUUAUGCAUUUGACUCUUUUAUAAAGAUGUCUUGAUAUUUCCAAAUGUAUGGUAAUUUAGCAGUUAUUUGGUAUCUACUGUGUAUAUAGAGAGCUUUAUCAGGUGUGGUGUACCUAAGUCUUUUUGCUAAAAUACAUUAGGGUCAAUCAAGCCAAUCCUGCCUAUUUAGAAUUUGGGUUGUUUUUUUUGUUUGUUUUCCAAAGAAAUAAGUUGUUAUUUUUUUGGUUUAGUGUGUUGAAAUAAACUAUAUCAUAGCUACA